GGCACAUCUCGGCCAUCUUGAUCUGUUGGCAUUCACCUCCAUGUAAAGUCGCACUUCAUCGCAAUCACCAGCGCGGGCUGUUUGUGACUGCUUUCUCCUCCAAAACAUCCAAAGGCAUCUUCAUAUAAUCACCUACACCACCUUGAACGCACUCAUCAACGUUCUCGCCGUUUGGAGAUAUCAAUCAUGUCUAGCACGGCAGCGUCUACGGAAGACGGCUGUAAGCCGAAAAAACUCACCCAACCCCCGGUGAAGGUGGCAUGCACCUCCUGCCGAGCCUCGCGUACGCGAUGUGAUGGUCAAAAGCCCGUCUGCCAGAAUUGCAUGGUUCGAGGUAAAGAAUGUCGAUACCUCAAAAGCAAUCGUGGGGGUCCACGUGUGUCGCGCAAGAAAGCCAUGCUGGCCGAAGAGCAGCGACGACGUGCAGCGAACAGUAAUGGCGUCAAUGGCCAGACGGUACCGGCAGACGUCGACUGGAGUUCACUGGUGCUGAGCUCCGAGACGCUUCACGAUGAAUUAAUCGGCUCAAUGGUAGCACCCGGGGCAGGCCUUCUGGACCUCGACAAUGAAAGUCACAGCGACGAGAUCUUCGACAGUAUAUUCCCGGAUAUGCCAAAAUCAGAUCACUCCUCAGAUGUCCCUGACUCGAACAUGCAAUUUACCCCCUACAAUCCCGUCAUCCGUCACUACCAGGACAACGAAAGCAUCCUCAACGCCUAUUAUAUUUUCAUCCAUCCAUACUUCCCAAUCUUGCCUCCUCCGCCCAUGAUAUUGGAGGUCGAUGAUCCGGGGUCCGAGUCCAAAGGCUUCCAACCUCUGUCACCGCUGGCCAUGGCAUUACUGGCAAUCUUGGUGCUCAUUCCCCAUCCCGAUGAUCUUUUCUCCGACAGCGACGAAUCAGUGUUCCAGAGACGACAAGAAGCGCAUGCAUAUUCGCAAAUGGCUAUAGGAAGCAUCGAAUCUGAAUCCGAAUUACUCGAGUCCGCCACGAAUCCAGCUACUGCCCUGGAAAGCUCUAGGCCCUGCAUACAAAGGGAGGCGCUUCAUCCAUACGUGCCUCCUGAGCUGGAAGGUCUCUUGGCCUACUUGGUCCUCAGUGUCUACGAGUAUGCUCAGAGGGGAAAUCUCGCCAAAAUGCGGAACCGGGCCUCUCAGGCGUAUGAUGCCGCCGUCAGCCUCGGACUGAACGACACCUCAAGCCUUGCACUGGAUGAGUACACAGAAGCACGACGGAGAGCAUGGUGGAUGACUUAUACAGUUGCCAUGCAGUGCGCAAUCGUCGCCGGGACCCCUCCCAUGAUAACAGCCGACGUGACUAAUUUCAGGACUCCCUUUCCCAUCAUAACGUCGGAUCCAGAUGCCUGGUUCUUUUUCCUCGAGGCUCAGCAAAUCAUCUGCCAAUGUACCCAAUAUUCGGGUGCCUUGAAGAAGGCGUUCGAAGCCGGCAUGGGCCCGAAUGGUCUCGUCGGACAAAAGAGCGCACUCGACAAAGAAAUCGACACAAUACUUUACAGACACUCUGUCCAACCGGUCGAUGGCCCGCUGGUGUCAGCGACGGACUUCGAAGAGCAGACGCUAGCCAAGUCACUCCGAGCUCAGGCUCAGAUCAAACUCAACAGCGCACGAAUCAAGCUCCACAGAUAUAAUGCCUUUCAAGAUCUGCCUCUCUUUACCCGGAAACAUUGUGACCUUGAGCCCGCCGACCCGACUGCGCCACGGCAGUUAGGAUGUUCUUGUCACUCCGUGAGCCCGACGGUGACACCUGAAAGCAGUCAUUCCGGCAAAAAUUCGAUAUCGCCAGUUGAUUCAGACCCCAUGCCAAAGUUGACCAGCGAAAUACCUUUCAACGACCUUGCCGCGGCCAAAACCUGCAUGAAAGCUGCACUAGCGAUAGGACGAGCCUUUGAAGUUCUACCAUAUCCGAAUCCUAUGCAACUUACACCACCAGUUUACGGCCCUUCUAUGUUGUCGGUGACUUCAAUGAACUCUGCACCACGGACCAUGCCCGCUUUCGCUUGUUGUGCCAUGCAGAGCUGCUACACCCUAUUGACACUAUGUUACAGGAGCCUGGAAAGGCAAUGUGUCUACCAGCGAAGUGUGGCGACUGACAAGGGACUGGAAGGGCUGUACGCCGGCAUUAGCCGCGUCCUGGCAGCCUUACAGAAUUAUUCCAUGGCGUUUGAGGCGUUGAAUGGCAUGACACAACAAGUAGAAGAAGCCCUUGACGCCGUCAAAGGUGCUAAAUGAUGUAUGUGUAGGGCGUUUCUGAGAUUUCGAUGGUCACCGGCUUCUACUUCACUCUCCAUGUAUUUAUGCCCAUCACGCUUCACGAAUUUGAAUACCCCUUGUGUCUAUAUGAAGAUUGUUUUCGCCUUCGCUGCUGCCUGGUAGGGAAUGACGAUCUUUCAUUUUGAGAGAUCUAUCUGUGCUGGUUCCCUUCGCUGGUGUACUGUAUUUUUGUUAUCUAUCGGCAUGGAUAGCUGAUUGGGAUUACUUUGAGCCGUAAUGGAACCCA